AACGAAACUGGGUGUGUAUGUUGUUGUGAUUUUAAGUUUAUCAUUUAAAUUUACAAUUUCAGUGAAUUUUAAACUUACAAACACUAGUAAUUCCGUGAAAAAUACUAUGAAUCUUAUUUAGUGGCAGAUUAAACCCCUGCAUUUACCUUUGGCUUAAUUGAAAAUUCGUUCAAUAUGGAUUACGACUAUCUUAUAAAACUACUGUGCGUUGGCGAUUCAGGAGUUGGAAAGACCAGUUUCCUGUAUAAAUAUACCGACGGCGUUUUUCACACUCAGUUUAUCUCGACAGUUGGUAUUGAUUUUCGGGAAAAGUCUGUGAUUUAUCAACAGAAUGGAAGGCAACACAGAAUACAUCUGCAAUUGUGGGACACCGCAGGGCAAGAGAGGUUCAGAAGUCUAACAACAGCCUUCUACCGUGACGCAAUGGGUUUUCUGCUUCUCUUCGAUCUGACGAAUGAGGCCUCUUUCCUGGAGGUCAGGAAUUGGAUUGAGCAGUUGAAGACACACAGUUUGAGCGAGGACCCCGACAUCGUCCUCUGCGGGCACAAAUGCGAUCUCCAAGAGAAGCGCUUGGUCAACCAGAAUCGAGCUCGGGAGUUCGCUAAAAACUACAACUUGCCUUAUUUAGAGACCAGCGCUAAAUCCGGACAGAACAUAGACCGGGCUAUUGAGAUACUGCUAGACAAAGUGAUGAUCAGAAUGGAGUCGUCAGUAGAGUACGCGAUGCUGUGCGCGUCGGGACGGCGGCGGCAGUCGCUGCAAAGACUGCAGGCCAAGCAGGACAGCAAGCCUUGCUCCUGCUAGACUUAAGGCGGUCCCACUGCGACGCACACUACAGAAGCUACUAGAAUGACGCACGAAGCUAGGUAGGGGUGUGUAACGCCAGCCG